AUGAGCCCAAGUAACGACUCCGGUUUCAAGGUCGAGCCUUUCGACGGCUCGAACUAUGGGUUGUGGAGUUACAAGAUGAAGAUGUACCUGAUGUCGAAGGGGCUGUGGGGCGCGAUCGCGGGCGAUGAGACAACAAGUGAGGCCAAGGAACAGCAAGCCCACGCCGCGAUCGUGCUGAAUCUGAGCGAUUCACAGUUGAUGCAUGUCAUCGACUCGGCCACCGCAAGAGAAGCGUGGGGACGUCUGGCGCGAUUUCAUCACAGUCAUGACAUGGCGAAUCGACUUUGGCUGAAGGAAAAGUUCGCGUCGUUCAAGUAUGCAGCAUCAAGCAUGAGCGGUCAUGUGAUGGAGCUGGAGGACCUCGUGAUGAAGAUGAAGCGCGCGAACUGCGGUCCAAGUGAAGAGGACGUGUGCGCAGUACUGUUGCGGAGUCUACCUUCAAGCUUCGAGAGCUUGGUACAGGCAUUCCGCAUGUCCGUCGCAAGCUUCAGUUUCAGUGACCUCGUGAGCAAGUUGAUCGCCGAAGAAGUGCGCCAGAAUGAGGGAGCACGAGUAGAAGAUGCAACGGCGCUCUACGCAGGCAAGAGGAAGGGUAAGCAGUACCCGAAGAAGCAACAAGGACGGCGCGCGAAAGGACCAUCAGGGACCUGCUACAACUGUGGCAAGGUCGGACACUACGCCAGAGAUUGUCGCUCCGGUCGAGGGCCAAGGGAGCAACAGCAUGACCAGUCGAAUGUCGCGUUUCAUGCCAGCGAAGGUUUCGCGAGCAACAGCUGGGUCAUGGACAGUGGCGCGUCAGCACACAUGUGCAAGGAUCGAGAUGCGUUCGAAGAGUACGAAGAAGUGCAUCAUGCGCGAAGCAUUUCAAGCGCAAAGAGCGACGUGAAGCUGAAUGUCAUUGGACAUGGGACAGUGAAGCUGCGCGUCUGGACAGGACAUGCGUGGAUCGACGCUCGCCUUGAGAACACACUUCACGUUCAAGAUUUGUCCAAGAACCUGUUUUCGCUCACGGCUGCGGCAGCGCGCGGCAUGACAGUGGAGAUAACGCGCAACGAGUGCGUGGUCAAGCGUGGCGGCACACCCGUCGCAACAGGAAGGAAGCAGGGGGUUCCUCCUGUAUCUCAAUGCUGA